AUUCUCAAUAGCCUGAACCAGGUUGUCAAAUAAAUCACUCUUUCUGCAAAACAUUAAACAAGUUCAGGUAGUUGAAACACUGUUUGCAAAUCUCAUGCACUCUUCUAAACACAUUCUCACUCACUAAAACACAUUUCACACUGUGAUGCACUUAUGUUUCAAAACUCUAAACACAGACAGGCAAAAGUUAAACACAACUGCAACACUCUUGUCAUCGUUUACACACAACGACUCAAAAUUGCUCACACUUAUUUCUAAUGAUAAGACUAAAUCAACCGUACAUGAGUGAUAGUUUCAAGAAAUGUGUUUUAGCAAUUCAGAAAAACUGUAAUAUUAUCUUUUAUGACCAGAGUAUGACAGACAUAAAACAUCAACAAUACAUAAUCAACAUUUCAUAAAUAUGAUCUAAAAAAGCAUGUUUAAGAAAAAAAUAUUUUUGUUAUUUUUAGUUAAUUUUCUAGUUUAUCAUUAAUAUAUUUUGAUUUGUGCUUAAAGUUCCUCAAUAAAUAAAUCAGAAAGUUAGAUGUGGGAUUCUGAUGCUGUAUCAGGAGAAAUGUAGACAGACAUGAUGAGCUGCCCCCCCCCCUCCCGCUGAUGGCUUGUUAACCAAUUAGUGUUCAGGCACCUGCACGCACCCCUCUGACCCUCACUCUCUGACCGCGACAUCCACGAUUUAACAUUGACAGAUUUGAAAGGAAACAUGGACAGAUUUGAAAGAAGACUUACAACUUUAAGGAGUUGCCACCGAAAGUGUGAAGAGAAAUUUGAAAAUGCUCGGGACCACUGCAAAGAGAGUCGUGGUGAUGAACCUGGGAGCCCCCCGUCAACACCACCACCAUCCAGAGAAGACGAGGUGCUCAGAGAGGAGCUUCUGUCAUCCAGUGGGUCUGAUGCAGAUCCACUGGAUGAGGACUACAAACCAUCUCCAUCGCCACCAUCCAGUGAAGAUGAGUUGCUUGCACUAGAGUCCCAGUCAUCCUGCCACAAUACUCCAGAGAAGCAUAACAGUCAUGCAUCAUCCAGUGAAACUGGCACCAGAGAAGCUGAGAACCAGAAGGCCAAAGGUAAAGCAGUUCAAAAAGCUAUAAAGUCAAAAGCAAAAGGAAGGACGUUUAAAGAUGAUAAAAAGAUUACUGUUAAAAGAAGCAUAACAAAGGAUGGUGCCAGAGUCUGGGACAAAGUCCAUUACUGUGUAUUCUGUGAAAAGGCUCAGUUGAAGAUAGCUAGACAUCUAGAAAGAAAACAAAGUAUGGAACGCGAUGUCACCUAUGCUUUUAGUUUCCCAGUUGGCUCAAAACAAAGGAAGAUUCUGAUAGAAGGCCUUCGUAAUAAGGGUGACUGGCAUCACAAUCGCAUGGUCUACAAGGAAGGAAAUGGUGAGAUUGUAGUAUGGAAACGGCCCUCUGAGAAGGCAGACAUAGAGAGCUACCUACCAUGUCAACACUGUUACGCAAUGUUCAAGAGGACUGAACUCUGGAGACAUGAGAAGUCAUGUAGAGAACGGAAAGAGGAAAGACAGAAAGGCAAAAGAGUACAAAAAUCUUCCUCACAUCUACUUCCAAUCAAAUCAGGCCAAGGAGUACAAAAGAUCAUCCACUCCCACAUCAGAAGUGAUGAGAUGAUUUGUGCGUAUGGAGAUGCAUUAUUUGCAAAAAAGGGCUGUGAAGAAUCUCAGCACAGAUACAUUGCACAAAAGCUGAGAGAACUAGGACGGUUUAUGUUGGCUGCCAAGGAGAUUGAUAAGCGUGCCAAAACUCUUAAAGACAUUUGUGAUCCAGCAAAUUUUAAACUGCCAAUUGAAGCAGCCAGACACGUGUCAAACUAUGAUGUAAACAAGAACGAAUAUGGAAAGCCAUCUACAGCUGUUAAAAUUGGGUUUUCACUCAAAGGGGCCACUGAAGCCUGGAUAGGCCACUGCUUGAUGGACUCUGAUGUCAAAACUGAGAAGAAGGCAAAAAAGUUCAAGGAGUUGCUGGAGAGCUCAUGGUCCAUUCAUGUGUCUACUAAUGCUCAUAGCUCAUUGGAGCAACGGCGGUGGGGCAAAGAAGACACUGUACCUCUGACAGAGGAUGUUAUCACUCUCCAGAACUACCUGAGGAAAGUUGAGGAUGAGGCAAAGGCAGAGUUAACAGAGCGCGUGAGUACUACAGCAUACAGGAAGUUAAGUGAGAGCCUUCUUGCACAAAUAAUUGUGUUCAAUAAGAAGCGUGAAGGAGAAGCAUCACGUUUAACCCUUGAGACAUAUCUAAAAGCAGACACCGGUCCUGUUAAUAAGGACAUUUAUGAGACUCUAUCGCCUGUGGAAAAACAAAUGAGCCACAGACUGACACGUUUGGUGACACGUGGAAAGAGAGGCAGAAAGGUGCCCAUCCUUCUUCUUGAGCGCACAAAAGCUUCGCUUGACUUCCUGGUUGAAAAACGGAGGGAAGCAAAAAGACACGCAGCCACCCCAACUAAAGAUCUGAAAGGUGUCAAAAAGAGAAGGACGUCAGAUGCAGGAAUUCAACAGGAAGCUCAUGAAGAUGGACUGGUGCACCAGGAGAUAGGUGGAGGACAAAUGGAGAGAACUGCAGAAAAACAUGAUGAUGAUGCUCCAGAAAGGGUAGUCAAGAACCGAGGUAAGAGACCCUGGAAUGAACAGGAGAGGACGGCAGUCAAACGACGCCUUGCCAAGUCAGUCGCCCUUAAAAUGGUUCCAGGAAAGCAGGACUGCCUGAUGUGCAUUGCCAAAGAGUCUCCAGUCCUAAGUGCUCGGACGUGGAAAGACGUGAAGUAUUUUGUAUACAAUGAAAUUCUUAAAGUUAAAAGAAAGCUUGCAUUAUGAAUGAAUUGACUUUGAAUUUCCUCCCUCUGUUGUAUUUCCCGUGUUUUAAAAGGGUGAAUUGUC